AUGGCUGUGAACGAUCGGCAGCAGUUUUCUGAGUGGUUCCGGAGCCACGUGUGGCCGAGAGGACACUCCGCCCAGAAGCCCCGGCGGCUCUACACCAUGAUCGCGGAAUACGGCUCCCGGCUCUCCAACUACCAGGCCCAACGUCAGAUGCCCAAGGAGCAGCGGGAACUCUUCAGGAAGGAGAGCCAGACUUUGGAAAGCAACUUGCGUGAAAUUCUACUUUUAAUGGAACAAAUCGAUGUUCUGAAGGCGUUGCUGAGAGAUACGCCGGCCGGUCUGCACAAUUACAGCUGGAGCCCGGAUGGCGACCCCAUGGAGGCCCAGGGCCAGGCGGAGGUCAUGGACAAGGAAAUGUCGAACUUGGUAAACUAUGUGCUUAAGAAGCUGAGAGAAGACCAAGUCCAGAUGGCGGAUUAUGCCCUGAAGUCGGCAGGAGCCUCCAUCGUUGAAGCUGGGACCUCGGAAAGUUAUAAAAGCGACAAAGCAAAGCUGUACUGGCACGGGAUCGGGUUCUUAAAUCACGAAAUGCCUCCAGAGAGCAUCCUCCAGCCGGAUGUUCACCCUGGAAGGUGCUGGGCCUUCCCAGGUUCUCAGGGCCACGCCCUGAUCAAGCUCGCCGGCAAGAUCAUCCCCACCUCGGUGACCAUGGAGCACAUCUCCGAGAAGGUGUCUCCCUCGGGAAGCAUCUCCAGCGCCCCCAAGGAGUUUUCUGUCCACGGCAUCUCGAAAGAGUGUGAAGGAGAAGAGAUUUCCCUCGGUCGGUUUGUGUAUAACAGAACAGGAACCACCGUGCAAACAUUUGAGCUGCAGCAUGAAGUGUCUGAGCCCUUAUUGUGUGUGAAACUUAGAAUCCUCAGCAACUGGGGACAUCCGAAGUACACGUGUUUGUACAGAUUCCGGGUCCACGGCCGCCCCGGGGGCCACAGCUAGAGGGUC